AUGGGUGCAGGUGCAAGCGCGGAGGAAAAGCAUUCUCGGGAGCUGGAAAAAAAGCUCAAGGAAGAUGCCGAGAAGGAUGCCAGGACAGUUAAGCUGUUGCUUCUUGGAGCUGGAGAAUCGGGGAAAAGCACCAUAGUCAAGCAAAUGAAAAUUAUCCAUAAAGAUGGUUAUUCUUUAGAGGAGUGCUUGGAAUUCAUCUCCGUUAUCUACAGCAACACCCUGCAGUCCAUGCUGUCCAUAGUGAGGGCAAUGGGCAUCCUGAACAUCCAAUAUGGAGACCCAGCCAGACAGGAUGAUUCCCGAAUGUUGCUGCACUUAGCAGAUACUAUUGAAGAGGGCACCAUGCCUAAGGAGAUGUCUGACAUCAUUGACCGACUCUGGAAAGAUACAGGCAUCCAGGCCUGUUUCGAUAGAGCCUCAGAGUUCCAGUUGAAUGACUCGGCUGGCUAUUACUUGAAUGAUGUGGCACGGUUGGUAACUCCUGGAUACGUUCCCACAGAGCAGGAUGUUCUCCGCUCUAGAGUUAAGACCACCGGGAUCAUUGAAACCCAGUUUUCCUUCAAGGAUCUCCACUUCAGGAUGUUUGAUGUCGGAGGCCAGCGCUCGGAACGCAAGAAGUGGAUUCAUUGCUUUGAAGGCGUCACCUGCAUCAUCUUCAUUGCUGCUCUCAGCGCCUAUGAUAUGGUCCUGGUGGAAGAUGAUGAAGUGAAUCGCAUGCAUGAGAGCUUGCACCUCUUCAACAGCAUCUGCAAUCACCGAUACUUUGCCACCACUUCCAUUGUACUUUUCCUCAAUAAGAAAGAUGUUUUCCAGGAAAAGAUCAAGAAGGCCCAUCUCAGCAUCUGCUUCCCAGAUUAUGAAGGGACCAAUACAUAUGAAGAUGCAGGUGCCUAUAUCAAAGUCCAAUUCCUGGAACUGAAUAUGAGAAGGGAUGUGAAGGAAAUCUAUUCACAUAUGACCUGUGCCACAGAUACAGAAAAUGUCAAGUUUGUUUUUGAUGCUGUUACCGAUAUCAUCAUCAAGGAAAAUCUGAAGGACUGUGGCCUCUUCUGA